AUGGGAAGAAGUAAGGUACAGCUAAAACGGAUCGAGAACAAGAUCAAUCGACAGGUUACUUUCUCAAAAAGAAGAACUGGUUUGCUCAAGAAAGCAAAUGAGAUCUCAGUUCUUUGUGAUGCUGAAGUAGCUUUGAUUGUUUUCUCUCAUAAUGGAAAACUCUUUGAGUAUUCAACUGAUUCAUGCAUGGAGCAGAUACUAGAACGCCAUGAAAGGUAUGGCUAUGCAGAGAAACUACUAGUAGCAAGUGAUACUACUGACACUCAGGAAAACUGGACAGUUGAAUACACUAGACUAAAAGCAAAGAUAGAUCUUUUGGAGAGAAACCAUAGGCACUACAUGGGAGAAGGUCUAGCUACAAUGAGCCUGAAAGAGCUUCAAUGUCUAGAACAGCAGUUAGAUGCUGGUCUCAAGAACAUCCGUACCCACAGAACUAAAGUCAUGUAUGAGGCCAUUUCUGAACUUCAGAAAAAGGAGAAAGGGAUACAAGAACAGAAUAACAUGCUCUCAAAAGAGAUAAAGGAGAAAGAAAAGGCUGUUGCACAGGAGGCGGCUGCCGCUGCUGCCGCUGCUCAAUGGGAGGAGCAGCCAAACUACAGAGUUAAUACAUCUUUCUUUCUACAUCACACUCUUGCUGGUUUAAACAUGGGUGGCAACUACCGUGAGGGAGAUCAAGAACUGAUGAGGAACGGGCUUGACCUCACUCUCGAACCAGUGUAUUAUUAA